AUGAUCUAUCGUAGAGGUUCUAAGGUACUAUUGCGGCACUCAUUUUUGAAAUAUAAUUUAUGUAAUAAGCAAUAUGUGUCUAGUCUCCGCAACAUUAAAUUAGAAUCUCCAGUACCAUCCUUGACUGCACCACCACUUUUCUGCAAUCUGAACAUAUUCAAGCCAACUAAUGUGGAAAAUCAUGCUAAAAUCAAAUUUACGGGUUCUAGUCCAGUCAGAUCUGAUCUGUCUUCCGAGGACUUGAAGCCUAACCCAAAAGAUCAACUUAAAAAAGCAAACCUUGGAUCUAUGACAGAUGAACUACGAGCACUCAUACCCAAUAUCCUUAAUAAGUCAUUGCCGAAAAAAAUCAUAUCUAACAGUGUUCAUUUGAGAAUUUGUCCUACUCAUUUCCAAGAAUUCAAUGCUUACUUCCCUACUUUAAAGGGCCAUGUCUCAUAUUAUACUACUUGCAAAACGUUACAAUUUAUUCUUACAUCCAUAGUCCUUAAUCCCAAAGUGAAAUUACAUAUUCAAUCGAUAAAGACUAGUGCAGCUAAAAGUGAUUUAGGUCCAGAGAUGCAAGGUGUGUAUCCUCAUAGCACUAAAAUAUACGUGCGUUGGAAUACUUGUUUAGAAGGAUGCGAUCAUUUGUCUCCUAAUGAAAUUAGCGAAGAUCGAGAUAGUAACGAUACUUCUAAUUAUCAUUCGACCUCAGAUGCAAAGUUAGGGUCUCACAAGUGGUCAAAGUUUGACACCCAAAAGCUUGUGAAUAAUUCAAAUGAGCAAUCAAUUAAAUCGUCACCUUCUGUUACUGCCACCUUGUCUCACUUAACAACAGGUCUCAUAGGUUUAACUAAAGAACAUAAUAGAUUAGAACGUGUUAUAAGCGGAAUAUUCAUAUUUGAAUUAAAUGAAAAUAAUGACAAAAUAAUAGUACAUACAGUCGAGGAUGUCAAUGUUAUUGAAAAAACUGAAACACAAGAUAUUGAUGGAGAAUUAAGAGUUUGUUGA